AUGCCGUUUGGCCAAUUGCCAGUACUUGAAGUUGAUCUCAAAGAAGUGGCGGAAUCACCAGACCACAAAAAUAUGCCUGGCAACGAGAAGACAAGGAAACUGGCGCAAUCAUUCGCCAUUGCGCGAUUCCUUGCUAAACAAUUUGGACUCUCACCGAAAUGUCCUUUCGAAGAGGCACUCGUCGAUUCGCUCAUGGAUCAGUACAAAGAUUUCAUGAACGAGAUUCGCCCGCUGCUCAUGGUAGUCAUGGGAUUCGCGCAGGGAGAUAUUAUAGGUGUACAGUUGGACAAGGGGUCUUGCAGCAAACAGAACCUGCUUAUACCUCAAUAUCGAUUUACUAUGGUACUGCUGGAAUAG